ACCAUUUUAAUUGCAAUUAAACGCACGGUAAUUAGAUAAUAUAAUAUUUAUUUAUGACCUAGCGGCAAUUAAAUGUGAUACCGGCGCGGAUUUAAGAUCAGAUCGUUAUCGCUUCUCUAUGUACAAUUCGAAACUAAUCAAAAUGCACCUACAAAACUAUUUGGUUAGGAACUUUUAAAAGGCGGAUUUGUGAAAGUUUUCCUAUAAAAACAGACUAGUUGCAAGAGCGCGAAGUAUUUGAUGCUCGGCGGGAGAGUAUGCUGAGUCUAAGUAGAAUUUGCAGUGCUCUGGUGUUGUCAACGGUGAGUGUGACAUUUAACUUGACCUUGAAACCUCACGUCAUUAAGUUCGGUUUCUUGAUGCGGGAGAACCGUAAAACUUGGUUAGUGGUCUUCCAUCGGUUCAGUAUUGCAUCUAUGACCAUCGAUCUAAAAUAUUUUCAACGCUGCGACGUUGCCGGCUCCUUUAAAAAGUAGCACCAACAGUGAAAUUUUAAAAUUUUUAUUGCUACGACACUGGAGCCAGUAGGAAGUUAAAAUUUUGGACGUAGCUUAGGGAAAGUACUGGACAUAAUUUUUAAUAUGGAAAUCGGUUCCAUAUCAUAGAGGAUUGGAUUGUUUAGAUAAGAAUUUUCGUAAGUGUUGUGUGAAUCAUACAUUUGUUUGGCGAGUUCCAUGAUCGCACAGGAAAAGGCUGAAUACUGGUUUAGUGCAAAUAAAUUACUUUUAAAUAAUGAUAAAAACAGAGGGAGUGUUUUUUUCCAUGCCAAAUUUAAGUACAGUUAAUUUUAAUGAAAUAAAUAUCAGACUUCUUGGCGUCUAUGUUGACCCAAAACUUCAGAGGGUCUCCCAUAUAGAUUUCGUUGCUCAGAAACUGACCAGAAAUUUGUAAUUGCUUCGACGCUUGACAGAAAAUGUCUCUUGGUGUGCACAUUUUGCACUUUUUCAUUCACACCUCCUAUAUGCGAUCUUAAUAUGGGGCCAAGCUGCUAGCACUCACCGUUUGUUCCGAUUACAAAGACUUGCAAAUUCUUACAUUGCUCUCUUAGAAAAUUAUUUAUAAAGAAAAAUCCGCAUCUAUUUACCACUUAUAAGGAAUUGCAUAACCAUCAAAUCAGAGGUCGGGACAAUGCGGUUAUUACCUACUGCCGCUUAGGGUCCAAAUUAUAGGCCAGCAUUUUUAUUCUUUUGAUGAAUAUUUGUAUUUCAAUUAUAAUGUAAAGUCUGUUCAUAGAUAUAAGGAAGUUAUUAACUGAUACGAAUUAAGAAUGAAAUAUGACCGACCAGGUCCGUACUUUGCUUAGAAUUUAACUAUUUGGGGUAUUGUUAGGAAAGAUACUAAACAAUAUUUAUUUAUUUAUGUAUGCAUUUAUGUUUAAAUCUAAAAUAUAAUUACAAAUUAUUUUGAUUACCUACUUAAAUUACUUAAAAUUAUUCACAUAAUAUAUCAGUAUCAUUAUCGCUAUCAUCGCCUGUUCUAAUUAUUAUUUGUUCUAUAUUAUUUGCAAUAAUUGGCCCAACUUUGUGGAGAGAUAUUAAAAACUGCGGUUUCUAUAAGUUUGAGGACAUUGGAGUUAACACGGGGAAAAACAUUGUUACGACAAAUGGCAGAUUUCAGUUGGUGCCAAACAUGUUCAAUGGGAUUAAAUAUACAGUGGUAAGGUGGAAGCCUUAAAACUGUACGCCCUAGAUUUUUUGCAUAAUUAUCACAGACGUAUUCCUUUUGUAGGUUCAAGCUUUGUAGAACCUCAAUUAAUUGCUUUUUGGUAUAAUCUUCGUGAAAAUAAAUGUCGUUAUUAUACAUGUAGUUUUGGAUCGUUGCUUUUGUGUCACAUGAGGAAGGGGUUUUAGUCAACUGUCUACCGUGAUAACUUGCAUUGUCAAUUACAAUUACGCUACGAGGAGGAAUGUUUGGAACUAGUUUGUUUCUAAACCAACUUUCAAAUAAAUCAGCGAUGGUGUCUUCAUGGUAAUCCAGAGAAGAAUCUUUAAUAUUUACCAUCUUUGGAGCCAGCAUGCUUUUACCUCUUUUUGAUGGCCCGUUUGUUUUACACUUUCAGUUGAGUCAACCCAACCGUUUUCCGGGGAAUCAUAAGUGUCGAACCAGGUUUCGUCCAAGUAAAUAAUUGGCCUUUGUUGUUCUCUGUAGAUCCUAAUUUUUUCUAGAUAUUCCAAUCGCCAUUUCCGAAUUUUAAAAGAUUCCAUUGCCUUUUGUCAUUUUUUAAAAAUCUAAAACCCAUGUGUUGAAUACACUUCCAUAAGGUAGUUCUGCCACAUUUAACACCGGUUUCACCUUUUUCAAGCCUCCUAAUUAAGAUAUCUAAUGUGGGCACGCUUUGUUGCUCGUAUAACUGGGAAAUUUUACGCCGUAUUAUAUCUUGAUCACUUUCAUCUACACUCGAGAAAAUGUCAGCAUCGCUUCCUUUUUUCCUCGAUUAUUCACAAUUUUCUAUGUUGAUGUUGAAAUUUUUGCUCAAUGUGGCCGUUCCUUCUAAAGAUGCUUGCUUGCUGGCACCACGUUCAAUGAUAGUCAAAUAAACAUUCUUUAUAACUUCUUUAGUCUCAAUAGAAUAGUGUUUUCUACAUUUGGGCAGGAGCAUCUCCUGAGAAAUACUAGACACGCACAUAUUUUGCUUAAUUCGCACACGAUUCAACACACGCUGUAUUACACACGAAAUAAUAAUGAUUACUAAUAAACUUAAACUAAGUAGUAUACCAAACCAAAGAAUAUUAAACACAGGUAGGUAUAAAAUUAUUUUCUAUUACGGAAUUUAAAUUCCGAAACUUUAGGUAAUAAUCUGGUUGCAUUGUAUGUUAAUGACCACCCUUGGAUAAUCCCAUUCAAAACCGAUUCGUCACUUUCUUAUAUCUAUGAAUAGACCAUACAGAGUAAAAUGGGGGUCAGUUUCAAUCAAGCUCUGAAGAAGUCAACAGGAUGAUUGGCGAAACGUCAGCAAGUUCGACUCAGCAAAAACUGACGCAGGAGGAAUCCAGAAGUUCUGUCAAAAGUAUUACAGUAGCCUAUUACGUUGACCAUGAUUCGCAACGACAAAAUAGAAUGCUACCACGUAAAAUCGCCUUUGCAAAGCCAGCGGGUUAAAAAACCUCAACUUCACUCCGGCGAAAGCGCCAUCAAGCGAGUAGUCUCCAAUCGACACUUUCCGGAUUUUAGACGUCACGCGUUUGCCACCAAAAACUGCGGAAACUAUUCCAAAAUCGCCACGGACAAUUGGCAAAACGCACUGAGUACCUUUGAUAAAGGAAACGCUAACGUCAUGCAAGUCAUCAGGCUGCCAGCUUACGAAAUUUACUUGCACAGUGCCCAUAGUCCUGUCUUGUAUGCGCCCGUUCGGUGGACUACCGAAAACCAAGUCCACAAAUCGAAUUCGGUGCCUUUUGUUCACAAUAAAGAAGCUAGAUUCGGCAAAUACCCCUUUCCCAAGCCUUUUGGCUUUGACAGUGUUCACUCGAAGGACGAGGUCUUCAAUACAGAUUCAAAAAGACACAAUCUUCAAAGGACCAGUGCGUCGCUUCAGGGCGCAUUGCCAGAUUUAAGUUUAUAUUACGCGAAGAAAAGAGAAAUAGACGGCACAAACUACAACGUGAAAAGAAACUACGAAGAGAGAAGAUCACGUGCAAAACUGCUGACGCACGAGAUUACGACACACACGCCCCCUAUCCCAAAAAAGAUAAAUUUUUUCUUGCGAAUUAGAAAACGGAGUCGAUAAUAAUAUUGAUAAUUUUAAAAUAAUAAAUAAUAGUAAUAAUAAAGCAAAUAAUUUUAAAAACUUCUUACUAUUGGAAAUGAAAUAUCGUUGCAGUUCGGAAGCUGGGAGGAAUCGAAACGCUUUAUUUAUUCUAGGGUCGCCGUCUGUCAACUGUCAGAAUUUAUCUCUGGCUGUGGUGAAUAGGGGGGCAACGUAAACCCAAAGGCGCUAGAUACUUUUGUAGCCAUUAAUAUUUAAGUGCUUAAAAAUCAUAAAUUAUUUAUUAUUGUCAUUAUUUGUUAUAAAAUUUUUAGUAAAAAACGAAUUUUUAUUUAAUAAAACGCAGAGAAAGGUAAAAUCAAAACAUAAUGUUUAUAGAAUACAUUUUUCUUUUACUAUUAGAUGACCACGAGUGGUUGCGAAAUACAACGCCAUUUUCCUUUUAUUGUUUUAUUUGAACGUGGGAAACAAUGAUGUAUAUAAUUAUACAAAUACAAAGGUACGAUCAUUUGCGAGAAUUAUUUUUUGUAGACUUUUAAUUUAUUUAUUAGAAAUUAGUAAAUAAACAUCUAUUUAUUUACUUUAUUUAUUUACCGAUCGCACCCCGUAAUCGCGAAGUUUAUUUCGAAAGCGAACACUCGACAGUUUUUCUAUCAACUAAACAUUUUGCAAGCCUGUUGUUAUGGUCGGUAGUUUAUUGUUGAUAUGGACCUCACCAAGCCGUGUCAGGUGUUUCUGCUGGGUUUGUUUUGCCUAACGACACACGCGAUAUACGACGAAGAUUUCGAAAUAGAGUGCUCUGGAAAGACAUUUUCAAAUGUCACGCUGACCGCUUACUAUCCCGACUACGCUGAUCAGGACAAGGAAUACGGAUAUCAAGAUAAACGCGGCAAAAAACUUCGUACUUUACAGGACUAUUUGGACGACAGAGCCGAUUACGUCACUUUGAGUAUGGAUGAAAAACUGGGGGUGCCUUACGGCACCGAAGUCUGCAUCCCGGAGCUAAACAGGCAUUUCGGGCACAGGGUAAGGUUGGAGGUACGGGACUCCUCUUAUGACCUGUACGGAGAGGGCUACUCCCGAGCUGACAUUUGCGUCCGGAGCGAAAUCGACAGUUACGACGAAUCCGUCAACAAAGUUGUCACCUUAAUAUUUACAUGACCCAAUGAUAAAUUUAUAAGGAUAAUUAAUAAACGAGGCGUACUU